CAACCAACCACGUCUGUACAUAUGUAUAUGUACAUCACACGAAGUACAUCAUUAGUCUGUAAAUUGACAAAUGUCACAAUGUUUAUUAAUAAUUAAAAGAUUUUCUGGUAGAAAAAAUUACUAUUUAAAUUGUACUCUAAAUGUUUUCCAUUGUACAAAACGUAGUGUACGAAUUCCAGCUUUUUGGAGCUCAUUGUAAUAGCAGGAACAACAAGAACAUAACCUAAAAAAAAAUAUGUUUUCAACAAAGGAUUUAAGUGAAGUUGAUUAUAUUAGUUUAAAUAUUCACGAUAGCUCAUCAUUUGCUCGAGGUACAUCACGUAGUCUUUGGCGAAAAUGGAAUCAACUCUCUCGAUUUCAAAGAAACAUAUUUUACUUUGCCAUUAUUACUAUCGCUCUUUUAAUAUUUUAUUUACUUCCUGGUGGCGCGAGAAAUAUUCUUCUAGAAAAUGAAAAUGAUUAUGAUAAUGGAAAAGUCAGUUUGGAAACUCCAAAACCCAAGUUGGGAGAGCCACUGAUUGUAGAUAAUGUCGAUUCUGUCAAAGUAUUAGAUACUGGCGAUGUGAUAGAAGAGCCGCAGCAAUUUCCACAGGAACAUAAUGAUGACGAUGAUCAAAUUGGUGAACCACCACAACCUAAGUCAAAUGGACUGAAAUUUAAUGGUCCUCAAAAUGAUAAGCAGAAAGCUGUGAUUAAAGCCUUUAAGCAUUCCUGGACAGGAUAUAAAAAAUAUGCUUGGGGUCACGAUAAUGUUAAACCGAUAUCAAAAGGAUAUCACGAAUGGUUUAAUUUGGGUCUUACAAUUGUAGACUCUUUAGACACUAUGUACAUAAUGGGUUUAAAUGAAGAAUUUAAAGACGCCCGUGAUUGGGUGGAAAAUAGUUUAGUGUUCACAUUGAACAGAGAUGUAAAUUUAUUUGAAGUUACUAUAAGAGUACUUGGAGGUUUAUUGGCGGCUUAUCAUUUGUCAAGCGAUAAGCUUUUUCUUGACAAAGCAAUUGAUCUUGGAGAUCGAAUGUUGCCGGCAUUUUCUACGAGAUCUGAUGUACCCUAUUCGGAUGUUAAUUUAGGUAUGAGAAGUGCACAUAGUCCUAAAUGGGGUCCAGAUAGUAGUACUAGUGAAGUUACAUCGAUUCAAUUAGAAUUUCGCGAUUUAAGCCGAAGUUCAGGUCAACCGCGAUUUGAGGCUGCUGCCGCCAAAGUUUCCGAGCAUAUUCAUCGAUCGGAGAAAUAUGAUGGAUUAGUUCCAAUUUUUAUAAAUGCAAAUACAGGAAUGUUUCGUGAAUAUGCAACGAUAACGGUUGGAGCGCGUGGUGACAGUUAUUAUGAAUAUUUAUUGAAACAAUGGAUUCAAACAGGAAAAACAAUUGAUUAUUUAAGAGACGAUUAUUUGUUGGGUAUUGCUGGAAUGCAGAAGCAUCUUGUCAAAACAACAGCAAACAAAAAAUUGUUGUAUUUGGCCGAACUUGUUGGAGCAGCGAAAGAAAUGAAACCAAAAAUGGAUCAUCUUGUUUGUUAUUUGGGCGGAACUCUUGCUCUUGGUGUUCAUAAUGGUUUACCUUCAUCGCAUAUGGAUUUUGCAAAUGAAUUAGUUAAAACAUGUUAUGAAACUUAUGCAAUGCAACCAACGUUCCUCGCUCCCGAAAUUACGUAUUUUAAUGUUUUGAAUUCAUUGGACGAUAAUCCAAUGUACGUGAAACCAAAUGACGCACAUAAUUUACUGCGUCCAGAAUUCAUAGAGAGUUUAUUCUACAUGUGGUAUUUCACUGGAAAUAAAACUUAUCAACAAUGGGGUUGGAAGAUAUUUCAGGCGUUUGAAAAUUAUACCAAAGUUGAGAAUGGAUAUACGAGUAUUGGAAAUGUUCGUAAUAUUCAAAAUACUCGUCCAAAGGACAUGACUGAAAGUUUUUGGUUCGCUGAAACUUUAAAGUAUCUUUAUCUUCUUUUCGAUGAUAGUAGACAAUUAAUAAAUCUCGACAAAUGGAUCUUUAAUUCCGAAGGACAUCCAUUGCCAAUUUAUGAGACAUAAAUUUUUAUACAAAUUAAUUUAUGUCUUACAUCAUUUUAAUGGCCAGUCUAGUAUUUUAAUUGGACAAUGAAUAAAUUUUUUGUUUUAUGUUUUGCAUUAAAAAAAAAAAUCCGUCAAUAAUGGACUUUUUAAAAAAAAAAUCAAAUCAGUGUAGUAAGUAUUCGAAUAAUUUUUUUUCUACUGUCUUCCAAUUGAAAAUUGUUUUAAUUUUACGAGUAUUUUUUUUUUUUUUUUUACUUUUUAAACAACAUUUUUUCUUAUUUUUGACUAAAUUAGGUAUUUUUAAAAAAAUUUUUUUGUAAUUCUUUUUCUUUCAUAAUCAUUUUAUGAAGUACUUAUAUUGUUUUUAAAUUAUACACUGUUAAUCAUAUCAUUAUUAUUAAUGUGAGAAAAGAAAAUAUUUAGAAAAGUUAAUUUGUUAAUGAAUUGAGCGAAAAAAAACAAUCAAAUAAUUUCAAUGACGGAAAUUUGGUCCAAGAACAUUCUGUUUAUCUCCAAUAUUGUUAAUGAAUUUUCUAGUCGUAAUGAUAAUUUUAAAAAGCACUGUUUGCAAAGUUUAUUAGCAAUAUUAUAGAAUGCGUGUGAACUGUACAAGUUUGAAUAUUAUUAUUAUUUUUUUUUUUUUUUAGUGAACUUCAAUCUAGUUUUUCUUAGCUCAAUUUUAUUGAUCGUUAAACUCAAUUUCUUCUUUAAUUUAAAUAUCAAAAAAAAGACUGUCUUCUGUUUAGUAAAAAGAAUCAAAUUUUUUGUUUUGUAAAACGAUAUUUUACAAUUUUGAAAAUUUUUUAACUUUGCUAUUCUUUUUGAAAAAAAAAUUCAUUUUACAUAUUUUAUUAAUAAUUUCUUUUUUUCUUCCACAAUGAUUAAUAGAUUUAAAUAUUUAUUGACAAUUAAGCGUGUAGUUUUAUAUAUUCAUAUAGAAACGAGUGUGUUUUAUAUUUACCUGAGAGGAAUGUGCAAGUUUUGAUUAGAAUUAAAUAUAUCGAUAUAAUGAAUCUUGAUAAAAUUAUCGCAAUCAGAGAAAAAAUAUUCUAUUAUAGGUUCGUUUAUUUAUUAUCAAAAAUAUAAACAAUUGAAAUGUAUCAAAAAAAAAAAAAUGUUCAACAUUAUUUUAUUAAGAAUUUGAAUUUUCAAUUAAAAGUUUUUCUACUAUUGUAGAUAACAAUUAUAAUUCAAUAAUCAUCAAUAUCAGUUGAAUGAUAUUAAUGAAUUAACGAACCUAGGUUAUAUACGAAUUUAAUUUGUAAAUAGAAAAGAAAUAAUUAUGUAAAAGAGGUGACAGAAUAUUUAAUGAAAAGAAAAUUCCAUGGCUGUAAAACAAAUUGCACUUUAAUUAAUUCCAUUAAUUCUUAAUUCUGUACAUUUUACAAAAGAAAUAACUAUUUGAUAGAAAAAAAAAAUAAAAAUAAAAAAAAAAAAAUGUACGAAACAUCCGAACAUUAAAUCGGAUUUGUUAUUCGAUUACAAUUUUUUUUUCUGUUUGUUUGUUUUAUUUAUAAUAAAUCUAAUUUUAUGUAAAUAUAACAUGAAAUCACUGUUAUUUCUUUAUUGUCUAAAUAUUUUAGACACAAUCAUUCACAAACUUAAAAAUAUAGUCCUAUUCGCAAAACAAAAAUUAUUUAAAAUCUAAAAAAUAUAGUUUCCUAAAGUUUUUUUGUUUGUAUGAAAUUGUUUUUUUUUCUUCAAAAAUGAUUCGUCGACAAUUUCAUAAUAUAUACAGAAUAGAUAAAAAAAAAAUUACAUUACUAUCUAAAUUAUCUUCAAUAGAGUUAUUUUCAUUUCUAAAAUUCAAUAAAUUAUCUCUAACAAUUUGUGUGUAUUUUUUUUAUUAUGAUUUAUUUUGAAAUAUGAAAAUAAAUAUCGGUUUUUUUUUCUCACGUUUGAAAAAAAAUUAUUAUUUUAUUUUUUUUUGAGUCCAAAUCUCAAAAUUUACUGAAUCACAGUUGCUGUGUAUUAUUUAUU